UUUCCCCUCUGUUAGAGCUGACUUGGGAUGAUAAAAGGGAAGUUGUAUCAGAAUGUAGAAGUUCACAGCCAGAUAAGAUGGUAGGCUGGCAACAUGCUCUGAAUCUCUGGGUGAAGGAAAAAAUAAUGAUAAACCUAAUGAAGAAAAAAAGUGGUUAGGAAACAGUCCAUUACCAACAUGUAACCUUAAAAUUUAUGAAGUUAAUGGUCCAAAUAUUGUACAAUUUCUGGUGCUGUAAAUGUUUAAAAUAACAAUGCUCUCCCUCAGAAUAUGGUGUCUAGGUAGGAAAAUCCUCAGCAGGAGGCCUUUGGUUCUGAUGAAAGUGAAAGUGGCUCAGUCAUGUCCGGCUCUUUGAAUUCUCCUGGGCAGAAUACUGGAGUGGGUAGCUGUUCUCUUCUCCAGGGAAUCUUCCCAACCCAGGGAUCAAACCCAGGUCUCCCGCAUUGCAGGUGGAUUCUAACACGCUGAGCCACCAGGGAAGCACACAGGAGAUAGCAUUUCAUUAUUGUUUUGUCUUUUAAGUGAUGCUGAAUCAAACCUCCAUCACUGAAUUUUUCCUCCUGGGAGUGACAGACAUCCAAGUACUGCAGCCGGUUCUCUUCAUGGUUUUCCUUACAAUUUACUUGCUCAGUUUGGCUGGAAAUGGAGCCAUCCUGAUAGUUGUCAUCUCUGAUCCAAGACUCCAUUCUCCUAUGUAUUUUUUCCUGGGCAACCUGUCAUGUCUAGAUAUCUGCUACUCCACGGUGACUCUGCCAAAGAUGCUGGAGAACUUCCUCUCUACGCACAAAGCAAUUUCUUUCUUGGGAUGCAUAAGCCAGCUUCAUUUCUUCCACUUUCUGGGUAGUACAGAGGCCAUGCUGGUGCCCGUGAUGGCCUUUGACCGCUUUGUGGCUAUCUGCAAACCACUUCGUUACACUCUUAUCAUGAGUCAUCAGGUCUGUACCCAGAUGGCUGUCACUAUCUGGAUCAUUGGUUUUUUCCAUGCCCUGCUGCACUCAGUAAUGACAUCUCACUUAAACUUCUGUGGUUCCAACCACAUCCAUCACUUCUUCUGUGAUGUUAAGCCAUUGCUCAAGCUGGCCUGUGGGAACACUGAGCUCAACCAGUGGCUGCUCAAUAAUGUCACGGGGACUUUUGCCAUGGGCUCAUUCUUUCUAACCCUUCUCUCCUAUUUCUACAUUAUUUUUUAUCUGUUCUUCAAGACCCAUUCUUGUAGCACGCUUCAUAAAGCACUGUCCACUUGUGCCUCUCACUUCAUGGUGGUUGUUCUUUUAUUUGGUCCUGUUUUUUUCAUUUACAUCCGUCCUGCCUUGGGUAGCUCUGUGGACCAGAAACGGAUCAUUGCCAUUAUGUACAGUGUGGUCACUCCCAUACUAAAUCCACUGAUCUAUACUUUGAGGAACAAGGAAGUGAAGGAGGCAUUGAGGAGGGUGAUCAGAAGGAAACUCUGA